AUGACGGGCUCGCGGAUGGUCGGCCACGCCCUCCUCGAGGGCAAGCGCCGCGGCGCAAAGAGCGCGGUCGUCACCAUGUGUAUUGGCGGCGGCAUGGGCGCGGCGGGGCUGCCCAACAGCGACGGGAACGCUUGGGACGCGCGUUGGCCAAACUCUGCGGGUCGGCACGUCACGCACGCGAUGGGAAUGUCACUCCGUGUGAGAGCAAUUUCAAGAGACCAGCGGCCCGGUCUCGCAGAUCGUUUGUUUAUGUCGUGCGAGAGGCUGUGGCGGUAA